UCCCGAAGAGUGCGAGGGCGUGGGCGACGCCUCCUCGUUCGUACGGCUUUCAAACGGACCGUUGGUAGAGAUCAUCAUCGUCAUCGCAUCCCCUCUUUCCCUUCUCCUCAAAACCCUUCUCCUCGAUCCCUCGCGCGCGAGUUCCACCAUGGCGUAGGGGCCUCGUUCGAAGCUUGAUCGAUCGGAGCUGCGGAUCGGCGAUUGGCCAUGGCGGAGGGCUUCGAGAGGGGGAACGGGCGCUUGGCGAAGGCGGACUCAUCGGAGUUCCGGUGGGUCUCGCAGGAUCGGGACGACGGGUCCGAGGACGGCGAGGGGUCGCAGGUGCGGACGACGAGCUUCGGCUUGGAGGAGGAAGACGAGGAGGAGGAGGAGGAGGACAACGUCGAGCAGCGGCUGAUCCGCACCGGACCCAGGGUCGAUUCCUUCGACGUCGAGGCCCUCGAAGUCCCUGGAUACCCUAGGGAUUAUGAGGAGUUUAAUCUGGGAAGGUAUCUUGUAGUUGCUUUCCAGACACUGGGAGUUGUAUUUGGGGAUGUCGGGACCAGUCCGUUGUACACUUUUGAUGUGAUGUUCAACAAAUAUCCUAUUAGUGUGAAAGAAGAUGUUCUUGGAGCGCUAUCUCUGGUAUUGUACACCUUGAUCCUCAUACCAUUGGUCAAGUACGUUUUCAUUGUUCUAUGGGGCAAUGAUGAUGGAGAAGGGGGGAUAUUUGCUUUGUAUUCGUUGAUCUGCAGGAAAGCAAAGGCCAGCCUUCUGCCUAACCAAUUGCCAUCUGAUGCUCGCAUAUCGAGUUUUCGCCUCAAGGUGCCGUCGCCGGAGCUUGAGAGGUCUUUGAAAAUAAAAGAGAAUCUUGAGACUUCAUUAACGCUAAAGAAGCUUCUCCUGAUGCUCGUGCUUUUUGGUACUUCUAUGAUGAUUGCAGUUGGAGUUGUCACUCCGGCGAUGUCUGUAAUGUCAGCUGUAAGUGGCUUGAGGGUCGGGAUAUCUAGUGUCGAACAAGAUGAAGUAGUGAUGAUUUCAGUAGCUUUUCUUAUAGUCUUGUUCAGUGUACAAAGGUUUGGAACGAGCAAAGUGGGGCUUGCAGUAGGGCCUGCUUUAUUCAUAUGGUUUUGCUGCCUUGGGGGCAUCGGAGUAUACAAUCUCAUUAAAUAUGGAUUUGAAGUUUUUAGGGCAUUUAACCCUGUUUACAUUUAUCAUUUUUUUGAAAGAAAUCCCACACAGGCUUGGCUGUCUCUUGGGGGCUGUCUUCUGUGUGUCACAGGGUCUGAGGCAAUGUUUGCGGACCUUUGCUAUUUCUCUGUUAGGUCUGUUCAGAUUACCUUUGUAUUUCUGGUUCUUCCUUGCCUUCUGCUGGGUUAUCUUGGCCAGGCUGCAUUUUUGAUGGAAAAUUUAAGUACAAAUCAGCAGGUCUUCUUUUCAUCUAUUCCAAGCAGUGUUUUCUGGCCGAUCUUUCUGAUAGCCAAUGUAGCUGCAUUAAUUGCAAGUCGUACAAUGACAACGGCAACGUUCUCAAUCGUAAAGCAGGCAACAGCUCUUGGUUGUUUUCCUCGCCUUAAAAUCAUUCACACCUCUCGCACGUUCAUGGGACAGAUAUAUAUUCCAGUAAUAAACUGGUCCUUGCUUGUUUCUUGCUUGGCAUUUGUUGCUGCCUUCGGAAGUAUCAGUGAGAUUGGCAAUGCAUAUGGCAUUGCCGAGCUCGGAGUGAUGAUGAUGACUACAUUACUAGUAACCAUCAUUAUGCUUCUGAUUUGGCAGAUCAACAUCAUCGUUGUACUAUGCUUCUCUACUUUCUUUCUGGGAUUGGAAUUGCUUUUUUUCUCUUCCGUUUUGGGCAACGUGGGAGAUGGAAGUUGGGUCCUUCUAGUAUUUGCAGCACUGCUAUUCUUGAUUAUGUAUAUAUGGAAUUAUGGUAGCAAGCUCAAAUAUGAAACAGAAGUACAACAAAAACUUUCAAUGGAUUUGCUGAUGCAGUUGGGCAGCAAUCUUGGUACCAUUAGAGCUCCUGGAAUUGGGUUGCUUUACAACGAGUUAGUGAGAGGUGUCCCAGCAAUUUUCGGCCACUUCCUCACGACUUUGCCGGCUAUCCAUUCCAUGAUCAUAUUUGUCUGCAUUAAGUAUGUUCCAGUGCCUGUGGUACCACAGAAUGAACGGUUUCUCUUUCGGCGGGUCUGCCCCAAAAACUAUCACCUGUUCCGUUGCAUUGCUAGGUAUGGAUACAAGGAUGCUCGCAAGGAAAAGAACCAGAACUUCGAGCAACUUCUGAUCGAGAGUCUCGAGAAGUUCAUACGUCGGGAAGCCCAGGAGCGUUCCUUGGAGAGCGAAGAGGAUGGUGAAACCGAUUCUGAAGAAGAACCGACUUGCUCAAGAAUUCUUGUAGCUCCCAACGGUAGCGUCUAUUCUCUUGCCGCCCCACUCUUAGCCGAUUACAGCUGCGUCGAAAAGCCCACCUCAGAAGCCAGUACUUCUUUCAACGAAUCUCGAGAAGAAGCAGAAGAAAUUUCCGAUGCGAGGCAGAGCCUUGAACGCGAACUUUCGUUCAUUCGCAGGGCUAAGGAAUACGGGGUGGUUUACCUUCUCGGGCAUGGGGAUAUAAGAGCUAGGAAGGACUCUUGGUUUCUUAAGAAGCUGGUAAUAAAUUACUUUUACGCGUUCCUGCGGAAGAAUUGCAGGAGGGGCAUUGCCACGUUGAGUGUGCCGAACACGAAUCGGCUGCAGGUUGGGAUGACCUACAUGGUGUGAUGAGUUUUUGUUGGCAACCUUUUCCUCUUUCAUAUUGAGUGGCUAACUUUUAAUCGUUAGACUUCUAGUGGAAUUGAUGGGUGCGAGUGGGUGAUUCUGCUUGUAGAUUUUGUAGAUCUAACAACAAUCGUAAUUUCCAUGUUGAAGCUGUAGAGAUGUUGAAUCUGAUUAAUGUUUAUACCCAAAAAAUAGGUCUGGAGAGAAGCACUUUUGUUUCCCCCGUUUUUCCGUCGGGGUGUGGGGUAGGAACCUGAGCCUUUUUUUGCAUCAUUCAUUGGUCUUUUUAUUUACCUUACAAGAAGAUUCUUCCAUUCAGUAAUCUACCACUUUAUUGUUGUAAUCUACGUGGAUUUGUACUGGUGUUAGUAAUUUUGUGAGUAGUAAAUUAUAAUUCAUUGUUUACAA